GAAGGAAGGAAGGAAGGAAGGAAGGAAGAAAGAAAGAAAGAAAGAAAGAAAGAAAGAAAGAAAGAAAGAAAGAAACUUCCUGGCAAAUCAGUUGGAGUGUAUGAUGAUGAUGCCAGAAAAUAUUUCAAUCUGUGUUCAUUUAAUUUUAUAAACAAACAUACAUAAUGGAGCAAUAGCAAAAUAUAGGUCAAUUAACAACAGAGUUGGUGCAAGGCCAAAAACCUAAUACAAAACCACCAUUGGAAACAGAGCAACUGAACAAAGGAGAAAUGCAGCCCCAUGGAAGGAAUACCAUUAUCCAAGUUCAGUUACCAUGAGUUUGAGCUGGGAUAACAUUGUUUUCUCUUUUUAUUUAUUAAAUACAGCAAUUCCACAUUUCUCUAAAUUUGUCAAGCCCCUUUGUUUUCCUUAAUGCUUUCAUCUUGUGUGUUAUUUUUUCUGCUGAAGCGAUUGACCACGUUUCUGGAUACCAAACUUCCAAUGAAUUCAGCCUUUUGCUGCUUUCGUAGUGCUUGGCUGUAAGAUUACCAAGUCUUUCAGCAGAACUUUCCCCUUUGAGUCAUCUAACGUAUAUUUUCGUUAUGGUGCUACAGGGACACUUGUUAUUUUCACUACAACCAACUAACCUGGCUACCACUCAGGAGUUCAAAAGGGCUGCAAAUAUUUGCACAUCGAAAAGAGGCUGCAGCUGCCUGCAAAGUGAGGUUGCUGCUUUCUCCUCUCCCACCCCAAUAGAUGGCCUUUUCUGGUCAGUGCCCUUCCGACUUCCGGCCUACGUUCAGGAGAAGCCUUUGCCCCGUUGCACCAGUUGCGGCUCUCCGAUAGCGAAAAGGCUGAAAACUGACGGGCAGAGAUCAGAGACAAGACAUGAGAGCUUUGGGGUUCUCCAUCAUCAUCACCACCCUCCUUUUCCUGGGAGCAGCAGGUCAGUUCCAGCUAUCCAGGACUUAGGACUGUCUCUACCGUUAGAUAGAGCCAGGCGACCGCCUCAGGCAACAGAAUGUUGGGGGCCGGGAAUGGCAGCAAGGUGUGGAAGGGCAGAGCUGUGUGUGCCACAUCCUACGACCUACUCUAGGUUGUCCUCAGUUAAUGAGGUGUGGUGGAGGACAGUGUCCUAUGGCCAGCACAGAAGGUCUGCUGGUGAUAGUUUUGAUCUCACAGAUGCCUUGGCUGACCCAGAAACCCCCCAGAGCAACCAGCAAUUAGGACAAUGUCAGAAUGAGGCCCGGGACAUUGUCUUCCUGAUGGAUGGUUCAUCCAGCAUGCGGGCAUCAGAAUUCGUGCAACUGAAGGUGUUCAUUGCACUCGUAAUGAAAAGCAUUCCCCAUAAUGCGCAGUUUGCCCUCCUGCAGUUCUCUAACCGCUUUGAAGAGCAUUUUGACUUCAGACGCUUCAGCAGAGACCAGGAUGCCGACCUCUUGAUCGGUGGAAUCAAACAGCUGGGAGGCGGCUCCCAUACGGCCUCUGGGAUCAGAAAAGUUGUGAAAGAACUAUUCACCACACAAAAAGGAGCUCGCCCCACAGCCAAGAAGUUCCUUGUGAUAGUGACAGACGGGGAGAAAACGGGGGACCCUCUGGAGUAUGCCGACAUUGUUGAAGAAGCCAACAGAGCUGGAAUCACACGCAUUGCAGUUGGGGUUGGCCUGGGAUUCACAAGUACAACUGCCCAGCGCGAGCUCCAUGCCAUGGCCUCCCACCCGCCCACAGAGCAUGUCAUUGUCGUGAGACACUUCUCAGGCCUCCGGAACUCCCAGGCGGAGCUGAAAGAAAAGAUUUGCACCAGCCACGGUGCAGCUGCUCCACGGCCUACGGUGGUGCCCCAGCCCUUGAACACCUGCUCAGAUCCCCAGGUGCUGCAGAAACUGGAGCGAGUGCUGAGUGGCCUUGAUCAGGUGAACACAAAACUGAAUGCGCUGGCUGCCAAGCAGGGGAAAUGUGGCUAAGGUUCUCAACGCCUGAGAUGGGCAGUGGAUGGAGGCAGUGUGGUUCAGGAAGGAAGGGGAGAGAAGGACAAAGAAGAUCAAAGGGGGAGAACAUCAGAUCCUGGCACAUGGAGGUCCUUCCUCAGGCGCAUAGCUUUUUAUUCUGGUUUCUUAUAGGGUGCAGAAGUCAAUAAAGCCGCCUGCUCACCA